GUAACCAUUUCAAGACAAUUCAAAACAAACAUUAUGUUUGUGACAAUUGGCUCAACUGUUAUCAACUAAUGAUGGUAAAAUUAUAAUUGAGAAUGGAUAAUGAGACAAUUAACAUAGACGAUGCCGAGGUGAUCAUGAAAUCUGAUGAAAGUAAAACAAUCAGUAUUGGUGAAAACAGUGAAGAUAAAUUGACCAGAAUGAAAACCCCAGCUUUACCGUCAGCCAUGUCAUCUUCCUCUUUGGGUAAACCUUCAGGAUCAACAUCAAUAAUGAUGACAACCGUUAAACCACCAAGUAAUGAGUUGCGGUGUAAACAGGCUUACAACUGGUUGUUACAUUUACAUUAUGUGCGAGGUGAGUACGACUUUUGCUGUGACCAAAUCAAUCGGAUUGAAUGUACAUCGGAAUAUUCGUGGUACCUUAAAGGGUUGAUUUCAUUGCGUGACAAGGGCAAUGUCAAGGAAGCUUUGGGUUACUUUAACCAAAUCAAAUCACUGUCCAAUGUGUAUUACAUUAAAGCGGUCAUCAGAUGUCUUUUGCUUCUUGGCCGGCACACUGAGGUGUCUGAGGUAAUCCGUGAAACUGGUUUACGAAUGGCUCCAAAUGAUUGGCAAUUGUGGUUCAUUUUGGGCAAUUGUUACUUUCAUUCGGGUAACAUUCCGUUGGCCAAAGAUGCCUACCAACAUUCACUGCAAAAUUCAAAUACUGUUGAACCAUUCCUGCUGCUUGCCCAGUGCCAUUCAAUUGAAGGUGACUCCAAGUCGGCCAUUUUUGUCUUGAGACGAGCAGCAGAAAUUUCACCAGAUAAUAUUCCGGUUGCUAUACGCUUGGGUCAACUAUUGAUGGAAAGUGAAAUGAAAUCAAAAGGAAUCGAAAAGUUUAUCCAGUUAAAUCAAAUGACCAUCCAUACAAGAGGAAAUCUUGACCUUUCAUUGGCUGUUGGAUCAAUUUUACUUGAAACUAGAGGUGAUGUUGAAGCUGCUUUGUACAAGUACAAGUUAUCUGAAUGCUACGAAUCACCAAGUAUAUGGAAUAAUGUUGGACUUUGUUUUGCUUCCAGAAAGAAAUACGUUGCUGCUGUUAGCUGUAUUAAGCGAGCUCUUUAUUUAAAUCCAUUAGAUCAUCGGAUUAACUUUAAUUUAGGUCUUCUAUCAUUACAAUUGAGACAAUUUGCAAGUGGAUUUCAUUACUUUAAAACUGCUUGUGCUCUUUGUAAGGCCUCAUCAGCCAAUGUCAUCUUUUCAUUGCUUGCAGUUUCCUUGGAAUCACUUUCUGAUGAUAUUAAUGCUAGACAAGCUCAUAUAACAGCAAUUAGAGGCUUAGAAAAGAUGACCGUUUUCUCGCCCAUUCCGCUGAUUAAUUAUGCCGUUUAUCUGUAUAACAAAGAUAAAUCAGAAUGUAAAGAAAUGAUUAUGGAGCUUUUGAUGACACUGGAACAGUUUUGGUUGAACCGUAAACAACAAUCUGGAAAUGGGAAUAAUGGUGCUUUGAAUGAAUUUGAGGAAUCUUUCAUGAAGACUGCAACGCAAUUAUCAACUUUAUUGAACAUUAACUCCCACAUGGCUUGGUCAAGGAAAGAUUCAUCGACCACUUAAAUUUUAAACAUUAAUUUAUUAAUAAA